AUGGGUCUUAUGUUAUAUACGGACAAGCUGAAUCAGGCGGAGUACCUAGUGGACGGUGAUAGCAUGCUGUUCCUUUACACAGGGGAGGUGUACGGCACCGCCACCAUGCGCAAGAUCAUCGACCAGACGACCAUGGACACGCUGUUCCGGUUCGCCGACCAGUUCAAUGCGAUCGGUCUUACGGAUCUCGAAAUAGCUGCCCUGUGUGCCGUGCGACUCACUGUUGUCGGGGACACAACUCUUGACGACCGCCCCACCGUGGAUCGCGCCCGUCGCGAUUUUGAAGACGCCCUCAUACAUGCGUUGAAGAGCGAGCAUUCUGAAUCAGCCAACCAGCUGCUUGACGACAUAAACAGGCUACUUCCGCUACUCGAGGAAACGAACAGGGUUCAGCGAAAUAUAAUUGCAAAGUUUCCCGUCAACUACGAUAAAACAAAUACUAAUUAA